CAGGGCGUCACGGAAGCGGAAGAGCCCUUCGCUUCCUUUCUCCGGCCGGCUGUGGGAUUCGCUUGCGGAAGUAGCGUGAGGGGUUUCUUUUAAUCGUCGUUUGGCGGCGGCUUCCUUGCAUAGCCGGUAUACAGGCGAGAGGGGGGAGAAAAGCGCGAAUUGUCAACGUAACUUUGUCCUCUCUCUGUUUCCGUUUCCCCGGGAAAAACCGUCCCCGUCAGCCCCCGCCCAUCAUGGCGGCCACAUCCAACCUGCAGGUGAGCACCUGGCGCGGGGGUUGUUGGGCGCGUGACGGGGAGCCGCGCCGGAAUUCCGAAGUGUGUAGGGAAGGCGAGGCAGGGAGGGCGAGGGAAGGAGUCCUUCCGUGAGGCGGCUCACCUUGACUCGGGCUACAUGGACGGUUACCUCUUAACUGACAGGAGUCCUUGGUUCCUACGAGGAAAAGAGCCUCCGUGUUUCCCUCCCUCUUAAGCAGCACGACGUGGGAACGAACAGCAGGGGGAAACGCUCCGCCUCGCCUCACCUGACCUGCCAGCGCCCCGGAAGCGUCUCUUUCUCUCUCUCUCUCUCUCUCUCUCUUGGAGCUGUCAGGAUGGUGGCUGGCUGCUGAGCUACUACUGCUUCGGCCUUGGCCUCACACAGCGAGUCGUGGAAUUGAAAGGGACCCUGAGGAUCAUCUAGGCCAGAGCUUUCCAAAACUAAUCGCGAUUAUUAUUACAGUGGUACCUCGGUUACGUUUCAGGUUAUAGACUCCGCUAACCCAGAAAUAGUGCUUCAGGUUAAGAACUUUGCUUCAGGAUGAGAACAGAAAUCGUGCUCCGGUGGCGCAGUGGCAGCAGUAGGCCCCAUUAGCUAAAGUGGUGCUUCAGGUUUCAGUUUCAGGUUAAGUACGGACCUCCGGACCGAAUUAAGUACUUAACCUGAGGUACCACUGUAUUGCUUUUUUAAAAGACCUUCAUCAUUUCCUUCAUCAUUUCGCGACACAGCAGUUCGGUUUGGCUAGCAAACCCGAGGUGAAACUAACCCCCUUUCCAGGAAGCGCUCUCGCGACAUGCCUGCAUGCUGCCGCCAGCACACUUAACAUAUUGCAACACACAGUUUGGAAAGCUCUGAUCUAGUCCAACCCCCUGCGGUGCAAGAAUGUGCAGCUGUCCCCAUACAAGGAUUGAACCAGCAGUAUUGGCAUUAUCAGUGCCACACUGUAACCCAGCUGAGCUAUCCAGACACCGCCUUGGGAGAAGCACUGGGGUGCCUCUGGGCAUGUGCAGAAUGCAUUUCCGUUGCUGCGGAGGCAGCACUGCGUUCUUAAUCUAUUUUGUUAGUUUCUUUACUUAGAGAAUCCUGGAAUUGUAGUAUUGGAAGGGGCCGCAAGGGUCAUCUUGCCCAGCUCCUUGCAAUGCAGGAAUUUGUCACCCAUCGUGGGGCUCAAACCCACAACCCUGAGAUAGAGUCUCAUGCUCUACUGAGCUCAAGGUGGCAUGUGCUCUUCUCCCCCUCUCUUUUAUUCUCACAGGAACCCUGUGAGGUAGGUUAGGAGAAUCACUGUUUAACCAUGGUUUUAAGGCCUUGGUUAUACAAUAAAAACUAGCUGGACAAAUAAUUUUUAUCUGACGGGCAGAGCAAUGCAAUCCCAUUUGUGUCCAUCUCCAUGUGUGUUGCAUUAAACAGACAUGAUUAUCUGCUGGCCCUGCCACCCUUGCUAUGAAAUGGUGUCGGUGUGACUCCCCAGGCACAGAUCUCCCCCCUGCUACUUACAGACCAUGUGGGUAGAAGUGAUGUCAGUGAAGAGCUUUGUGCAAAACUUCUCAAACACCUGACAACUAGUUGAAUGCUUAGCAUUUGAGAAAUGCUGUGCAGAGAGCUUAGGAAGCUUUUUGAACUAUGUCCUCCACCUCAGUGGGUCAACUGUGGUAAGUCACCUGAUGCCAGAUGCUUGACAGAUGGUUGGUCCCAUGCACUACAGAUAAAUCUCUGCAGAUAAAUAUCUACAGAUACUACAGAUAAAUAUCUGGACCACUUGGCUAAAAGGUUCCCAAACCCCUGAUGUAACCUCUGCCACCUGCCCCCUUACAUAAUCUGCACAUAAUUUGUAGGUUUCAUUUCUAUUGUGCAAUAUCUCAUACACUGCAGGAACUAGAGAGUAGAUAAAUUGCCAUUUUGUCUUAUUUGCGCAGAUGUUUUGUUGACAUUUUCUUGCAUACAACUUGAAAGAGCAGAUAUGUGAUGGGUUGACUUUCAGGCUCUUAAAUUUUUGUUUACUAAUGUAGUUUCUCAGUUUCAUUUGUUGGAAAGUAAGUAGCUUAGGGAUUCACUAGUCAUUUAUCCUAAUUCAAGAUUUCAGUGCAUGUAUUUUUGUUUCUUGGUAACUUUGGAGAAAAUCUUUGUACACUCGCAGAAAGACCAUAGCUCAAAAUACAUGAUAUUGGUAUGGCUUUAUUUGGAUUACUUUAUCCAGGUGUAACAUACAUUUUCUGUACUCACCUAUAGUCCUGUGUAAUAUACUAAGUAAUGUUUUAUGCAGUGGAAGUUUUUCUGUAAUUGUGUGAAGUGUCUGAACAUUUCUGAAAGCAAUUUUGGGCACAAUUGUAUCCACAAAGACACACCCCAAUUUUUUUGCAGUGUUUUUAAAAAGAUCUGCAUUAAUAAAUGCUAAGAAUUUCUAGCACACUUAAUUUACAUGUGCACAGAUAUUGAAAUACCUUGUGUGGUGCAUAAGCCAUUUCCAUCUUAGUGGGAAGCAUUACGUCCAUGGUAAUUUGUGUUGCCCAUAGCUUGGCAGCUCCUUGUAACUGUCCUCUCAAAGGGAACAAAACACCUAUCUCUAAAAUGCCUACUUUCCAAGUGGCGUGUUUAAACUCUGAAAUCAUAAUGAAGAUAAUAGCCUGGAGCCUAAGAGAAAUAAAUGGAAGAAAGUUCAUGAAAGAGAAGUACCACAUCUGUUGCUCCCUACCCACUGGAGUAAUCAGAGCAGACCCAUGGAAAUUUAAGUUACAUGGAUUUCAGUGGGUCGACACUGCUAGUUGGAUUAUUAUUUUAUUCUUUUUAUUUAUUAAAUUUGUAUACCGCCCUUAUACCCGUUGGUCAGGCAUAGGCAAACUCAGCCCUCCAGAUGUUUUGGGAGUAUAACUCCCAUCAUCCCUAGCUAACAGGACCAGUGUUCAGGUAUGAUGGGAGUUGUAGUCCCAAAAUAUCUGGAGGGCCGAGUUUGCCUAUGCCUGCCGUAGGUUUUAGGGUUGUUCACAACACAGGUUACAAUAUAAAAGCACAAAAUACAUAAUACAAAAUUAAAACAAUUAACAAUACUGAUGUAUACAAACUAAUAAAAAUACACUCCCCAACAAAAGUUUCAUGCUGUAUCAUGCUAUAUUUAAAGUUUCACUGGUCUCAUGUUUGUUUCUAUUAGUAUUGUGCAAAUCAUCUCCAUGAGAUGCUUUUGGACACAGGAAUGACUCCCAAGAGUGAUUCUGUGGCUUUUAAUUGUAAUGUGAUAACUGUUUAAAUUGUACUGAAUACAGGUAAUUAUCCACAGAACUGCAAAACUAGCUUGGAGCAUCUAAGGGGGCUUUAUUUCUCCUGUCCAAUGUGGCAAAAAACAUUUUUUUUACUGUGGAGAGUUUCAAAAGCAGUGUGUAAUAUUGUAUGGUUAGGGUCUAAUGUAUAUAGGGGAGGGAGUCAAAACUCCCACUAUGAGCACACAGAUCCUUGGGUUUGCCUGUGGGGAUGUUCUUCAAUAUUAAUUAAUUUUAUAAUGAAUGAUUUUAGAGUGUUGUUUGUGCUGUACUUUUGUACUGUUUUAUUGUUGUUAGCCGCCCUGAGCCCGGCUUCGGCUGGGGAGGGUGGAAUAUAAAUAAAAUUUAUUAUUAUUACUAUUAUUAUUUGAAAUAAGAACUACUUGUGCGACAAUUUGGCAAAGCACUAGAAAUAAGAUAAAUGUCCUUGGAUGUAAGUAAAUGGUUAAAUGCUUAAGCACUUGGGGGGGGAGAGCCUUAUUCAAGGUUUCUUACAAUCCCCAUAAUGGAUGAAUGCAAUAUUAAUAGUUGGUAGAGAAAUAAAUAUAUGGGUAACAAAGUUUCUAUUUUAAUCUAUUGUUUUAAUUGGGAACAGUCCCAAAUCACAGUCCUUGGCUUAGAGUUGAUAUAAAGUUGGAAUCAUUGUUUUUCUCGAAAGAAACCAUAAUCUGAAGACUUAUUUUUGGCCUACCUAGCAGGGAGAAGUGAAACGGAAGUGAGGUUCACAAUACAGCAUUAACCAUGGCUUACUGUAGCAUUCUAAUCCAGCCAGUAUAAAGCCUCUUGACUAUUUGAAAAUGAAGGUGUCAUUUCAGCAUAUAAUGCAGUCCUAUUGUCUUCUUGCAUUCCCAUAUUACAAACACUUAGGGUUAACUUAUUUAAUUGUUUUAACCUUAAUCGUGUUUCUUUCUUUUCCUUUUAAACAGAAAGCAAUAGACCUUGCUAGCAAGGCAGCACAAGAAGAUAAAGCAGGAAACCUUGAGGAAGCCCUCCGCUUGUAUCAACAUGCUGUACAGUAUUUUCUUCACGUUGUCAAAUGUAAGAAUUACCACGUUAAGUAUAAGUAGAUGAGAUUUUUAUGUUUUUAAACAUUCCUUCACAUUCUUGGAAAUUACAGCAGUAGGUUCCAAAUUACAUGCCAUGGUCUUGCUAAUGACAUUUUGAUCAUAAAUUAAAUCAGUUAAUUGGGACUCAGAAAGGGAAAUGGAGAUCUUUUGGAAGACUGACCCUUCAGUCUUAUAUAAAUGGAAGGCUAAUGACCGGUGAUGAUGUAUUUGGAAACUGAACCUCUGCACUGAGAAAACUGAGUACUGUACAAAACUAGUCAUACUAAUUGCCUCAGAAGAUAAUGCAUUCUGUGCACUAAAAUAAAAAAAGGAGCACCUGGAGAGGGUAAUUGUGACUAUAACAUUUUUUGUUAUUUAUAGGGAGGGAGGGGAUGUCUAAUUAUGGUUUGUUGUUCUGUGCCUUGGAUUAUAACGCAAAACAAAAUACUUUCCAUUCUCAGAUGAAGCACAGGGUGACAAAGCAAAACAAAGCAUCAGAGCAAAGUGUACUGAGUAUCUAGACAGAGCAGAAAAGCUGAAAGAGCAUUUGAAAAAGAAAGAAAAAGCUCCCCUCAAACCAGUGAAAGAAUCUGGUUCUACUGAUGAAAAAGGGUAUGUUAGUUUCAUGUACUACAACAUUCUCCAAGUUUGCUUGUUUAAUGCUUUCAGUGGUGGUGGAACAGUGCGUGGAAAACACCAUAUUUCAAGACCCGUGGGCCUACAGAUUAUUUUAUGACCUGGUCAUCACACUUUCUAUAUUAGAUACUAAAAGUAGUAGAGUUAAAUGAUACAACAUGGUAUCUGUUUUAAGCAUCCAUUCUUUCUUGGGAUGAAACAGGAAUGGCAGGAAGAAAAUUGUAUUCAAAUAGGUAUCAUUCAGCCCACUUCACUCACUACUUCCCCAUUUUGAGGGCAGUGAAGCACAAGCCUCAUACUGGGUAGGGAGCUCCCUCAGGGACAUAACUUUCAAUGACUGUGUGGUUCUUUCCUGCAUCAGCAGUUUCUGUGCUAUAGCCACAGACUUCCUUACUGAAAAGGAAGUGCAUGGAAAAAUUAAAGGGCUUGCCUUCCACAGCAUGUUGGUGAUCAGGGGUUCCAAGGACUAUUGUGUGCUGACACGUCCUAUAUUACUUUUGCUCUAAGUUCUCUUUCAUAAAACUAUUUUACAGCAAGAUUCUAUCUUGUGCGGGGGUUAUGUUCGUGGGAUGGCACUUAUACGGAAAAAUGUGUAUACUGAAGCCAUCAUCUUGGAACUGUCCCUGCAUGAACAUUCUUACCCUAUCCAGAGCCAUGUGCUAAGUGGCCUUACCAGACUCUGGGAUGCUGUCAUGAGAUCUUAUGGGGCCAUCCAAGUUCCCAUGAGGUCUCAUGAGACCCUCCUGGAGCCCGGUAAGCAAGUCUUAGAGCUUGAAAGCUCUUUCUGCAAAACAAGCUUUUUAAGCUCUUCCUUCCAUGCAUUUAACUUGUGUGAAAUUCAACCAGCUGACCUUCAACCUCGUAAAGUUGAAACCACACAUGUUAAAUGUGCAUAAGUUAUACAGUGGUACCUCGGGUUACAGACACUGCUUACCUGGAAGUAGUACCUUGGGUUAAGAACUUUGUCCCAGGAUGAGAACAGAAAUCAUGUGUUGGCGGCGCGACAGCAGCGGGAGGCCCCAUUAGCUAAAGUGGUACCUCAGGUUAAGAACGGUUUCAGGUUAAGAACGGACCUCCGGAACGAAUUAAGUUCGUAACCAGAGGUACCACUGUAAUUGUAUUACUUUUGAUUAAUGGGAAAUUACCAUGGGCCAGGGUCGCACUAAUAAGCUGUAUAAGAAAAAUCUUUUUUGUAACAUCCACCUACAAAAACACAACUAUUCCCUUAAUCUUUUGACAGUUAUAUGCUUCCAAGUUUUUUGAAGUCCCAGUUUGCAUGUUAUGAGGAUGGGUUCUUUCAUUACAAAUAAUGUCAUUUAAAGCAGCAACAACUUGGCUGGAAGAGCCUGUCUUUUAGCUGUGCAUUAUUUUUUUCCCUUAUACCCAAAUUAGGAAUGAUAGUGAUGGGGAAGGAGAAUCGGAUGAUCCUGAGAAAAAGAAGUUGCAGAAUCAACUCCAAGGUAGCUUUACAUCAAGCGCUUAAUAUCUCGAAUAAAGUCUUUUUAUCAAAUGAACAGGGCAGAAGUUGCAAGAUAGAUAACUUGAAACAUCUAAUUAAUAUCAGCCUAAUAACGGGACAAACGUUACAGUUUAAAAGGGAGAGUGCAAAUGUACCCCCUUUUUUCCUCCUAGCUGAUUGCAGCCACUUUCCCCCUCUGCUUCUCUGGAGUAAUUGUCUUUUCUCUCUCCCUGCUUGAUACCAGACAUUCAAGAUUCUCUUGCAGAAGAUACAUAACUACAUAGCUAAUCAGAUUGACUACUUAGCAUUGCCACUGAGGGUAAAUGAAACAGGCAGGAUGCUCCAGGGCCAAGGGAGGUAUCCCUGCUUUGCAGAGGCAAUCUGUUCACAUUCCCUUCCUUCUGCUGUUAUGCUGCAAGGACAGUGUCAGUACCAGUCUUUUUGGCCUGUAAGGGCUACCCAUGCAGUACAGUUUGGGUGAAGAUACAGAGCUCAGCUCUGUAUGGUUACAUUCCCUUGCAGAUACUUUCUUCCGUGUUCAUUCCUCCCCCUUCCCAAAAGAUCACCUGAAGGUCAUGAGAGAGAGACUUUAUGACCUGGCCACCCCAAUCAAAAUCAUUCUACAGAUCAAAGAAAAUGUAAAAAUUCAGAUACUUCAAUUGUCGUCUGUUAAGUGAAAUACUAUAGUGCUGUUUUGCCCUAGGUUAAGAAUAGGAUAGUUUUGUCAGUGCCAGGAUGUAAACUUAAGUUUUCCAAGUACUGGAGCCUUUGAAGAAGCUCUUCUGUAAACGUUAGACUAGAAAUGAUCAGUGAUCUUCUCCAGUGGUGAUACUGUUCUUUUUUUGAAACUGGAAAAGAAUGAGGCGUUUAAAAUUAUUUGAUAGUUUGAGGAUCUCGCAGUGGAAAUAAUUUUAAAAUAUUUUAGUUGGACUAUGAUGUUGCUUCUAGCUGCUGCCAAUGUGUCAAGUUAAAUCGUUGUUCAAUUUUAUUCUGUUUAUUUUUAUUAAUUGUCCAUAUAUUGUAAGCUGCCUUGUGAGGAUUUCAGUCUUAAUAAAUCAAUUUCAUAGGUGCUAUUGUCAUGGAGCGACCAAAUGUCAAAUGGAAUGAUGUUGCUGGGCUAGAAGGAGCAAAAGAAGCUCUCAAAGAAGCAGUAAUAUUGCCCAUUAAAUUUCCUCAUCUUUUCACAGGUAUUUCUUUAUAUAUUGUCUUUCAGUUACAAAACCCUAAAAUGUUGAAGCUGUAGGGCAAAGUACCCUGCUUGAACAUCUAUGUACAUGGGUGUCCUAAUCUUUCAGCUGGUCAGGAAUAGUUGCUGCUGUCAUACCAGUCUGAGCUGCUAGGAGGCACUUUAUGCCACAUUUGUGCAUUCCUAGUCUGUUUGCAUGUUUGUGCUUCCCUAGGCAGGGAAUUUGGUGCUGAGUUGAUAGAUGGGAGUCCUAGACUGAAACAGAAUGUAACAUUUUCAACAUACAUGUAAAAAGGGUGCACCAGAAUUAGUACCUUGUAUUGAUUUUUUUCUGGUACAAUCCUGUGUGUAGCUGUUGGCAGGAAUCUAAUUUCCUGCUGACAAUAUAAUAUUUUAUUCUGAUAAUUCCAAAAGCAUACAUAUAGAAGUAAUUUAUAAAUGAUAAUAAAAGCAAGAAGUACCUCUCUUAAUUAUGUCACAAGUGAUUAUUUGCAGGGGUUGGGUGUUAUUUUGUACCAUAAUCAAUUCCAAAUUGAUGCUUUUUCUAAUUAGUCCCCCCCCCCCCAAUAUUAUAAAUACACUUUAUAUUUCUUAGGGAAGAGAACUCCCUGGAGAGGCAUCCUUCUGUUUGGACCCCCAGGAACAGGAAAAUCCUACUUGGCAAAAGCUGUUGCAACAGAAGCUAACAAUUCUACAUUCUUCUCCGUAUCUUCUUCUGACCUUGUCUCAAAAUGGUUGGGAGAGAGUGAAAAGUAAGUAUUAAAGCUAUAAAGGGUGGAAGCUUCCAGUUCUUCAGGGAUCGUGAACCCACAUGCCAAGCCUUGAUUUCUGUUCAAGUGACCCCUUUGCUCUUGUAUGAGAACCAAGGGAUAAGGUAACUGUAAUUUGAGUAUUCUAAUAGGUGCUUUUCCUGUGUUAUAUAAAAUAUAUUGUCUACAAAACCUCCUGUAAAAAAAAAAAGCCUUUAACAUUUUUCUAGGACGCUGCGAUAGAUGAAUGUGGCUACCUAUCAACAAUCUCACAGGUUUCAAAUUCUGUGUUUAAUCCCCCCAUGAAACGAAAAAUUAUGCAACUUGGAAAAAGUGUGUUUCUGCUCUGCUUGGAGAAACAGACUGAAGGGAAAUGCAUAAGAAUGGGGAAAUACAUGGAAGGAACUGAUUGACUGGUCCUUUGAACGAGAGCUGUGUGGUUCUAUAGGAAGUACCACCCUCUGCUUCCUAGUUUUUAAAUUGCUCACUGGAACUCCUUGAUACACUUCUCUGUGGGGUGUCUGGACCCAGUAUGUCUGACUGGUUUGGAAAAUGCAAUAUCGUUCCUGGGCUAUUCAUACGUAGUUCAUGUAUGAGACUUGGAUAUUAAAAAGUACCUUCAUGAAAUAAAGAGGGGGGGGUCCUGUUUUGUGGGGUUGGGAGAAUUAGAAAGAAAAGAGGAAGAAUUGGGGAUUGAGGUAUGUACCAAGACAAAAUUGCUUCAUGCAUAGUUGCCCAUUCUAAAUGAAUGAAGCCAGUUAAAUUUCAGACAGACAGGUGCAGUGGUUUUAGGUUUUUUAAAGGGGAUAACUAUAACAUUUUAACUUCUUAGUGUUACAUUUGCUGGGCAUUGCCUCUUCUGAAUGAAGGAAGCAUAUCACAUUUCAGAUAGAAAAGUUCAGAGGUUUUAUUCAAAAGGAGCCUUUAAUAUUUGAGGGUGAAGGAGUUUGCUUCUGCACCCCAACUUGGUGGUGCAAUUUGUAUGAAAAUGGAAUACAUUGUAGAAGCACCUGUAUGCUAAAUAACCUACAAAAUUUCAGGAUAAGUGCAGGAGUUAGGGAACUGUCAGGAAAAUCAGUUGAGGGUUUGUUUGCUUUUUCCUGCUCAAUUGACAUGAACUAAGAUCAUUCCCAAAGCACCGUUGUUGGAAAUAAAGGUGGGACCUGGUCAUUUGCUUGUUGGAAGCUAGUAAUGUCAGUCAGAAAACUAAGCUCCCUCCCCCUGCCUGGCAUUUUCUUUUUAUGGAGAGCUUGGGAGGAGGAAACACAACCAUUUUUAACAGACAGUCUGGACAGAUUGCAUGCACCAAAUCUAUGAGUUAGAUCUGAGUUUGCUUUUCAGGAAGAUCUUCACCUUGGACAAAGCCUGAAUAGCUAUGCGGCAGCCUAGUUUGUUUCUAGAUUUGUUCUUUGCCCAAAGCAGAUGCAUAGUGACAGUGAGGGACUGCAAUAGCAUUCAGGCAUGUAGGCCUUCAGACUAACUCUCAGCUACAUCAUCUCGAAAGUGUAAUAAUCUGCUCUGCAAUUUACUACCCUGUGUUUCAUGUUUCUCUAUACUGUGACAUCUAGAAAUGUUGUUCUUCAGCUAUAUUGCAAAGAGUCCUGAAAUUAUAGUUACUGAGCAGUUGGAUAGUGGUUCUAAUCAAUGGAGAGAUGACCAAGAACUAAUAACUUUGCUGUUUAAUUUCUCAAACUUUGUAUGAAGCAACUGGAUAAAAGGCAAUUCUUAUAUGAAGUAUAUACACUUAGUUAUAAAGGUUCUAGUAUCUCAUCAUCUAUGGAAGAUUAACAGCUAAGAACUUUACUGAAUUUUGGAAAACAGGUGAAAUACUUCCGUGUUGCUGUCCUGCUGUAAUGUAACUUAAAUUGUUCCACAGGCUAGUGAAGAAUCUCUUCCAGCUUGCCAGAGAAAACAAACCUUCAAUUAUCUUCAUUGAUGAAAUAGAUUCUCUCUGUGGCUCCAGAAGUGAAAAUGAGAGCGAAGCUGCCAGACGAAUUAAAACAGAGUUCUUAGUUCAGAUGCAAGGUAAGAUCAUUUUCUUGGCAUGGCUACUUAAAGUAAUAUGAUAGCUUAUAUAACAUGAUUGUCUGUAGCCUAGCAUUCAUUAGCCGGCCUAGGAAAAUCUGUGGAGAUAAAAGUUUAUGGUGUUUAAAAUAUGCUAAGUUCAGUGUUUCUCAUUCUCCAUGCUAUACAUUGCUUAGAGGUUGUUAUUAUUAUAGUCACUGAUUAAAUUCACCUGUUCUGAUUAGGAGUUGGAACAGACAAUGAAGGAAUUUUGGUUCUGGGAGCUACUAACAUACCUUGGGUUCUAGAUUCUGCCAUCAGAAGAAGGUAAGGUAUAAUAACAUAAAUAAAUUCAUUAUUGUCCUGGUCAAAGUGACACUGCUUGCAGCUUAGUCAGGGUUGCAGGAUUACUUGUCCACCUCUGGUAUAGUAACACCUCUCUCCUGGUGCUGACAAAGCACUGCAGCCCAAGCAUGUAGCAGUAGCAGUAGCAGUAGCAGCAAUGAACACCACUUGCAUCAGUAUCAGAAUCUAGUGGGUGACAGAAAGCACUGGACAUUUUUGCUCCACUUUGCAGGCGUAUUUUUCGCUCCAUAAGACACACUUUUUUCCUCCUAAAAAGUAAGGAGAAAUGUGAGUGCGUCUUAUGGAGCGACUGGCGCUGCGCAGAGAGGGAGAACUGCGCAGCGCCCCUUCAGCGAAGCGGAAGGAGGAACAGAGCCCCUUCUGUUCCUCCUCCCACUUCGCUGAAGGGGCACUGCGCAGCUCUCCAUCUCUGCGCAGAGCCUGUCCUGCGAAGCCGGAGGAGGAACAGAACGGUCUCCUUCUGUUCCUUCUCCAGCUUCGCUGAAGGGGCGCUGCGCAGUUCUCGCUCUCUGCGCAGCGCCUCUCCUGGCUUCUGCCUUAGCCGUGCGCAGCCUCUUCGGGCAGGGGGAGCCUUCAUCCCGCUGCCCUGAAGAGGCUUGGCGCGGUUAACCCAGAAGCCAGAACAGCCACACGGUAUCCCAGAAGCCAGAUCCCUCUUGCUGUUCUGGCUUCUGGGAUUCAGAAUAAUUUUUUCUUGUUUUCCUCCUCCCAAAACUAGGUGCGCCUUAUGGAGCAAAAAUGCGGUACUUCAGUUAACCUACAAUGGCUCUAGUUGUUUAUGUCGGUGCAGCGACACAGUUUUAUAGGAUUGUGUGGCCACAUAUUAUUUAAAUGCAUUGGCGCGGUUCACACACCAUGUUAAGCCAAUGUGUGACUUGGCCCAAGUGUGUGGGCUCCAGGUGAUGGAAUUGCAGCCUUUUGCUCCCCCUUCUUCUCUGGUCAUUCUACUGCUGUGCUGAGCUUAGCCAUGGCUUUGCCUACUGUGCUAUCUGAACCCAGGCUCAUGGUUUAGUUCUCUCCAGGCUAACUGUGAACUGUAAUUAAGGAUUGCCCUACCUUAUGGUUCAUCCAGGAGAGCUACAGCACGAACCUGGAUUCAGACGACUCGCUAAAUCAAGCCAUGGCUUCAUGCCAAAGCGGUACAAACAGAGAGAUGCAAAAUGGCCACAAUCUCUUUCCUGGAAGCUUGCACAUUGAUACUAAGCCAUGGUUCGGCUUAGUGUGAUGUGGAAACCAGGCUGCUGUAAACAAAAUGUUUCCUCAUUCUGCUCACAGAAGUAAUUAUAAGAUCUUUGAGUAAUCUUGUCAGAAGAAUAAACAAACCACAAGGAUUACUUUGUACAGUGAACCUAUUAGUUUGGCUUUGUUUACUAAAACUGGGAGCAAGCACUACACCCAUGCAUCCUCCGCUGUCAGUUGCUAAGCAGAUUCCUGUUUCUGAUAUAAUGCACAGAUUGUUAAAAGAGACCAGGAGUGAAACAUCAAAGCAGAGUGUAAGGGUAUGCAUGCAGCCUCAACCCUUGUGGCCAGAUCAUGCUUUAUGAAGUCAGAACUACUGCAUCCAAUACAUGCCUUAGUAUGUCCCUUAAUGGAACAAACUAAUAUUGUAUUGUGAAACAUCUGCAAUACUUCUUUAAUCAUCCAUGCAAUUUUUUUGCUUUAAGAACAUGAAAUAUGUUGGCUAUGAUUUAGUGCGUAAGCAGUUCUAUAAAUAUGGCGUACAGUGCACUUUUAUGGAAUUUUAAAACACAAGUUCCUGAAUUUUAUUCAAACAACCAGUAACUUUUAGUUAUUUUAUUAUUUCUCUAGACCGUAGAAAAUAAUUUUGUCACGAGCGUGAAAAGAAAUGGACAGCUCAAAAGGACCUGGAUUCUAAUACUUGCUUUUAAAACUCUCAGUCUGGGUGCUGUUAAUGUUUCACAGCUUACAUUUCAUGGUUGGAUUUUUCAAAAACUGUAGUAUAAAGAUAGGGUUAUAGUCAACUGUGUUUUACAGAGUAGACCCAUUUAAAUUAAUAAUUUCCUUUCUCCAGGAAACCCAUUGUUCCCUCCCUAGUUGUGCUAGAAAAACAAACUUGAAUUUGCAUGAAAUCUGUUAUGGGCAGUGGUAUUUUUCUAGGAAAAGAAAUGCCGGAACUUACCAUAAAUGCCUCCCUUGUUCUUUUAUAAUGGCUGUGGCACCUGAGAGGUGCCAUAACUGUGUUCCGGUAAGUCCUGUGUGGGGAAAAAACCCUGGUUAUGGGUAUGGAUGAGCAUCACUGUUUGUGAUUUUUCUAAUAAGGUUUGAGAAGCGCAUUUACAUUCCCUUACCUGAGGAUCAUGCAAGAGCUGCAAUGUUCAAGCUUCACCUUGGGACCACUCAGAACACCUUGACUGAAUCAGAUUAUCGAGAGCUGGGGAAGCGAACCGAUGGCUACUCAGGCGCCGACAUAAGCAUAAUAGUACGAGACGCCCUAAUGCAGCCGGUUAGGAAAGUUCAGUCGGCCACACACUUUAAAAAAGUGAGUAACUGGAACUUCUAAAUUCUUCUUCUGCAUGCUCAUCAGAGGUCAACAGGUGGUUGUUUUCAGGACUCAACUGCAGGGUUUUGUCCCAGGUCACGUGUGGUGUCUCUGUAAUGCAGCACAAAGUUUAAGGGGAAGCCUCCUGCACCUCUCGACUUGCAGCUGGGGAAGAAAGGGCAGAAAACAAAACACAACUCCAAACAGUUCAUAACAAGGUGCCUACUUUGGUGCCUGCAGGUGCUCUGGCAAACCAACGCAUCUCUCCGUUCCAGUUACAAGCCAACAAGGAGAAAGUGCAUGAAAAUGAUAUACAGGUGGUACAUGACCCCAGUCAAGCUUGCAAAAAUCUAUCAUUUGCCCGAUAAUAAAUGUUGGAAAUGUAAAGAAACUGAAGGUACAUUCUUUCACCUUUGGUGGACGUGCCCAAGGAUUGAGGCUUCCUGGGAAAUGAUCUAUAAUGAAAUGAAAAAGGUAUUUAAAUAUACCUUUCUGAAGAAACCAGAGGCCUUUCUCCUGGGCAUUGUAGGCCAAUUGGGGCCAAAGAAGGACAGAACUUUCUUUAUGUAUGCUACAACAGCAGCAAGAAUACUCAUUGCAAAGUAUUGGAAGACACAAGAUCUACCCACCCUGGAAGAAUGGCAGAUGAAGGUGAUGGAUUAUAUGGAACUGGCAGAAAUGACUGGCAGAAUCCGAGACCAGGGAGAAGAGUCAGUGGAAGAAGACUGGAAGAAAUUCAAAGACUAUUUACAGAAAUACUGUAAAAUUAAUGAAUGUUAGAAUGAUGUUGGAUAGAAAUUAAGUGGUUUCCAGCUGUAAUGCUAUAAGGGAAUAUGAAAAAUGGAUUAUUAAUAGGUAAAAAUUUAAUGUCACAAUAUUUUAAGACCAAAGACUAGGAUAAACAAAGAGGGUAAGGAUUUGCUGAACCAACAAACCGAACUGGAAUACAAAAAAGGGAGGCGUGAGGAGGUCCGGGAAACAAGCUAAUGAAAAAUAAGUAAUGGAAAGAUUGAGUGGUUUUUAAUCAUUUUUAUUUUGUAUUUUUUUUUCUUCUUUUUUUGUAACAUUUUGAAAAUCUCAAUAAAUACCUUAUUAAAAAAAAAAGAAAGUGCGGCACAGGUAUAUCAGCUUGCUCGGCCUUUUCACUCAGAUUCUCUGAGCCCCCAUUGUGUAGAGGGAAGCCCAUAUACCUGUGCCUCCCUUCUCCAGUGGUGAGCUGAAAACAGGAGGUAUAAGCAUGGUACUGCUCUGUCUUUGUACACACAGUUGGCAAGUGCAGAGCCAAAACAAAUCCCAGGCUUCAGCAGAACUCUUGUGCCCCAUUGAUCCAACAGGAAAAUGACCACACCUGCAGGCAAGCUGUCGAGGAGGGAGCCAACACCAUAUCUUGGUUCUUGCUAUUCCCUACCAGUGUCUUUACAGUCAUCUUUAAAUACUAUGGUUUUAAGAUUUUACUUGAUGGUUGCAGUGCAGGUACUGUAUAUGAGGAAAGUGUCAUCCCUGUCUAUUUGUCUGUAUCCUCUCCUAUUUCAUAAGCUGUAUUUAUAUUUUAAAAGUGAUCCUUGCUUUGCAUAAAACUUCUAUCCCAAAUUUUCCAGAAGUCCUAGGAUACCUUUUAAAACAAAAGCAACAGUGCUUACACACAAAUGUCCUUUCCUAUUAUAGUUCAUCACAUUUGGUUUAAAAGGGCUGCAAGUCAUGACAUGAUACCAGAUUCUGCCUGAAAUUCGACAUGCUUGAGAAUGUAGACAACCAACUGUCUGUCCCAGAAAGGAGAAUCAUGAAUAUUGGUGCUAAGUACUGUGCAGAGAAAGGGGCUCCUCUUUUUUUUUUUAAAGUGAUGUUAUCUUGGGCAAAUGCUUUCUAAAAUCUGGCUUGUUUGUUUAAAAUAUAUAUAAACAUGUUUUCCGUAUUUGGAUUAUAUACACUGUCUUUUCAUCAAAAAAUUCUGAAAGUUAUGAAGGCGGGCAGCAGAAAAAGAACUUUACUAGCAGGUCUUCUUGGCAAAGCAUCAGAAGCUUAUAUGCAGUUGAAUUCUGAUUGCCAAGUAAAUUUACUGUUUUCUAGUGGCGCUGUGGGUUAAACCACAGAAGGUUGGCGGUUCGAAUCCCCGUGAUGGGGUGAGCUCCCGUUGCUCGGUCCCAGCUCCUGCCAACCUAGCAGUUCGAAAGCACAUCAAAGUACAAGUAGAUAAAUAGGUACCGCUCCAGCGGGAAGGUAAACGGCGUGUCCGUGUGUUCACCAGAAGUGGCUUAGUCAUGCUGGCCACAUGACUGGGAAGCUGUACGCCGGCUCCCUCGGCCAAUAAAGCGAGAUGAGCUCCGCAACCCCAGAGUCGGUCACGACUGGACCUAAUGGUCAGGGGUCUCUUUACCUUUACCUUAUAGCUCUCCGCAGAAUGGAUUUGGUAGUUGUUGAAAUGUAUCCUGAGAAUGCCCCAUCACAAGAACGUAACAAGCAGGACAGGAUGUGCUGGUUAUGAUACUAAACCAAGUUUAUUUCUCUCAUGUGCUACAUAGCAUUAAUGCUUUUCUUCCUGCCUGGUAUGACUUGGUCUGCCAGAAAAUCCACAGAACAUUGCUAGCCAAGCUUUUGGGCAAGUACAGUGGUACCUCAGGUUAGAUACGCUUCAGGUUACAGACUCUGCUAACCCAGAAAUAUUACCUUGGGUUAAGAACUUUGCUUCAGGAUGAGAACAGAAAUUGUGCUCCGGUGGUGCGGCAGCAGCAGGAGGCCCCAUUAGCUAAAGUGGUGCUUCAGGUUAAGAACAGUUUCAGGUUAAGAACAGACCUCCAGAAUGAAUUAAGUUCUUAACCCGAGGUACCACUGUAUGGCAAUAGCCAAGUCUAAAGAAGUACAUAGUGCUACUCUUAAGGCACACUAUAAGUACAGGUGCAACCCUGCCUUUCCAUAGAUGUGGGUUUGGGUCUAAAACUUGGCGAAGUAAACAGGGAAAAUAAGCUUAAUUAUGCCACAUAAUUACAUCUGUGGCUUCUCUUGCUCUUUCAAGCUUGCUAUAAAGUCACAUUGCCUUUGGCACAGAAUGCCACUUAUGUUCUAGAUUCACAAAACAAAACAUCCUUGUUCACUUGUUUCCUGUUAAAGAUAAACAGGUAUGCCUUUUACCAUUGACCUUGUUUGACAGAACCUCCAAAUGCGUUUACUCCUGCAACUGAGAAAUUUUGCUUCUUCCAAAGGUGAAAGGACCAUCACUGUCUGAUCCAAACGUUCAAGUAGAUUUGUUCACUCCAUGUUCUCCGGGAGAACCAAGUGCCAUUGAAAUGACAUGGAUGGAAGUGCCAGGAGACAAACUACUGGAGCCUGUUGUUUCAAUGGUUAGUCUUUGUUUUGCUAUGGAUGUUUUCGUCUUGGACUAGCUCUGCCAGAGGUCACAGCCUUAUAAUUAAACCUGAAUACCUGAUAUAAUUCCGAUGGCUUAGUGAUGGGUGUGCUCAAUUGCAAAGUACACUUGCUCAUAAGAGAGAUAUGUCCCUUCUUCCUGCAACUUCUCUCCAAUCAAAAAAGCUCCUCCCUGUUGUGCUUUGCCAUCCUGGAAGGUAUUGUGAAAGAAUUCUGAGAGUGUGCCCUUGCAUGCACUCCUGAACUAAACCUUCCUGCAGUAGCUGAUAUUCUUUAUGUGGACCCUUCUUGCUUUGUGCAUCAAAUGCUUAGGAUGUGGUUGUUCCUCAUAAAGGUGAUAAAGGUGAAGGGUUUCAGUAUCUCCUCACUGCCUUGCAUUAAAUACUUGGAAAAUGACACUCAAUAUAAGUUGUGUAGAGUUAUAUAUGAAUGGUUUGCUGCUUUCCUCUGAAGUUCAACCACCACUAUUACAAAAACAUACCUGCUACUGUCGUAAAACUUGCAGGCUGGAGGUGGUUUAUGCAGAGUGACAAAGUUGAGUAUAUUGAUUGAAGAAGGUGGUGAGUGCGCUAGAAUGGGGGAUGUGAACUAUUUAUUAGAUAUUUUAUAAAAUUAUUGAAUUCAGUAUACAAAACUGCAUAUAAUUUUAUAUUUGAUCAACUCUGCUGCCUCCGCCCCCUUGUCAGUGUAAGUCCGUGAAGAAGUACAUCCCAAAAUCAGUUCAUGUGCUUUAUUUUACAUAAUUAGAAUCAACAAAACCAAAAAACUACAGCUCCCCACUCUGGAGCUUUUUUCGCCGUUGAAAUAAAUAUCAGUUCCCACACAAUAACAGCAGACAUUUCUAUAAAUAACUUUGAAGUUUAGUUUAAGCCCCAAUACCCCUUCCACCACAUUAUUAAGGGUAUUAUUCAUUUAUGGUAGUACAAAAUUAAAACCGCUUGCACACAAAUAAUAUUGUCUAAGGCUGAAAGGAAAUAUCUAAUUUGAGUGUGCCCAGUGGAUUUGUGCCUCCUUCCUGUAUCCUAAAACUGACAUUGAAAGUAUCCUUCUCCAGUUUCAAAAACAGUUUGCCAUGAGAUAUAAUUAACGAACUUUACCCUAUGAAAAUACAGGAUGAAAAACAAUUAGUCAUUAGUUGUGGCUCUCGACUGCCAACUUGUUGUCAAGUUAUUCUUAAGUGAUAUGGAGUAGCAACAUCAUAAUAACAAUCAAACAUUUAAUAUUAGGACAGCCACCUUAUUGACCUGGUUUUCCAAUAAUGGUAAGCCAAACAGUGGCUUACUGCAAACAAGCAAGCAUGCUGGUUUUAUUGUUAUCAUUGCUUUCUUUGCUGCGAAUUAUUUUGUAUUGUGAAUUUUAUUGUUACCAAUCUUUUACUGCCAUUUUUGUCUGAAAACGUAGGGAAUAAAUGGAAAUCUCCUGAACUGCAAAUGAGUAAAAAAAGAAAGAAAAAGGGCUCUAAAAGUUGCUUGCUCCUUCUAAGUAUCUGUGAAGUUUUUGCAUUUUCUUUCAACUCUAGCAUAAAAGUUACAUCCCGUAUGGGGCUCACUGACAAAAAUCCAUGUGCCCAACAAGCUUUGUAAUUUCUCUUGAGUCUUUCUUUCUCAAAAGAGGAAGGCUUGCAAGUAUUUUUGAAUAAUGACUUCAUUACAUCAAAGUCUGCUUCCCACAACCUGUCCAGUGGUCAAGGGAAAUGAAAGCUUGUUUAUGCCCAUAACACAUAAUUUGCUCUCAUUUUCCUUCCUAAACCUUUGUUCAGCGGGCAGGUAUAUGGUGGAUAUUGUUUCUGGGGUUAUACCCUUUAACAAGUCUAAACUUGCUGGUGGUACCUUUUUUUGGCAAAAUCUCAUGGUUCCGCCUGGUACUUUAGUCAUCCAAUAGUAAUGAAUUCCUCUAACAAAUCUGUGUAUGUUGUGUUUACGAAAGGGUUUGUUAUGUCCGUUUAAAAAAUAACAAAGAACAUCCUUAGGAGAUAAAUAUAAAAAUACGGCGAAUGGGGGUCAAGGUGAACACCUUAACCUACAUUGUUGCCUACCCAUGAGGCUUCAGGAUUCAUUGGGUAUAAAUAGUUAUAUCACUUGGAGGAUCAAAACUUAAUAACUUGCCCUGUACUUUAAUGUGGGUUCCUAACAAUUACAGCCUUCAAAAGGCAAAUGCAUGCUGAUUCUGCAGGUGAGUGAUGGUGGAAUUGUAGUGAUUCUGUCAUGUCAAGAAUUGGUGUGGCCUAGUAGCUAUGGGACAGAGCUGGGACCUGGGUAGCCAUGAAUUUGUUAGCACAUACCCUUAGCCCUUUGGCAAUAUGAGGGCAAUACUGAUCUGCUUUACAUGAUUGCUGUAAUGGUUGUUAUAUACAUUAAAUGCUUUGAUUAAUGAAGUUGUUAAAUACUGAAUAGGUUUACUGAAUAACAAUCUGUUCUCAUAUCUGUUCCCAACCCUUGGAGUGUGCGAGGAAGUGUUCAUUCACUUUUUUACCAUUAUGUUGUCAUUUCUCGAGGCCCAGAAGUCAUUCUAAACAUUUAUUCAGGAUUUGAUUUGAUUGUCAAUUUACCGUAUUUUUCGCACCAUAGGGCGCACCUGACCAUAGGGCGCACCUAGUUUUUAGAGGAGGAAAACACACAAAAAAAUAUUCUGAAUCAAAUGUUGCACUAAACUAUUUAAAGCAGCAAAGCGGGCGGCUCCUGUCCGCUUUGCUGCUUUAAAUCGAGCCUCAGAGGAGGGUAGGAAGGGGAACCAUGGCUUAUCUAAGUCCAGUUAAUAAUGCUGAGCCUGACUUAUGGCCAUCGAGAUUAGCCUGGCCGUCUCAGUGGAAAUCUGGGGAGGCUGAGGUGGACAUUCCAGUGGUCAAAGUGUGGUUGUGUCUUCCUGCCCGGCAUCUAUUUCCUGCCGUCUUUCCCCCCUGCACCCCCGCACCCUGCUUCGAGGGAAGGAAGCAGAGCCAUGGAUCCUCUGCUUGCAACUACAGUGGAUUCCCUCCACUUUGAAGCAGGAAAGUGGGAGAGGAGCUGCUUACACGAGUGUAAGCUGCUCCCCUCCCACUUUGCUGUUUCAAAGGGAGCCUGGGAGGAGGGAAUCCGCUGCCUUCGCUAGCAGAGAUCCAUGGUCCCGCAUCCUGCCGUCCUCCAUAGCUGCUUUGAAGCAGGAAGGCUGGGAGAGGAGCUGCUUACACGAGUGUAGGCUGCUCCCUCCCACUGCUGCUUCAAAGGAGCCGGGCAGGAGGCAGUCCAGCUGCAUGGAUCGCCUGCUUGCAGCUCCUCCAUGGCUUGCUCUGAGCAGCAGGUGGGAGAGGAGCUGCUUACACGAGUGUAAGCUGCUCCCCUCCCACUUUGCUGCUUCAAAGGGAGCUGGGGAGGAGGGAAUCCGCUGCAGCUUCCCCCACCUCCCACAAAACCGGCAGAAGCCGCCAGCUCUUUAAAGGGGCUGCGCGGCUUCUCCUGGCUUUUCUGGGAGGUGGGAGAAGGGACUGAUGCAGCUUUUUCCCCUCCUGGGGAAAAGCCCGCAAGAGCGCACGAAGCUUGUGUGCGGCUCUUGGGGGCUUUUCCCGCCUGCCUCCCCCUUGCAUUCGCUCCAUGGGACGCACACACAUUUUCCCUUGCUUUUUAGGAGGGAAAAAGUGCGUCCUAUAGAGCGAAAAAUACGGUAUUUACCUUCCUUCAUCCAAGGGUCACAGGGUGGUUUACAUUAAACAUGCUUCUGAGUAAACAUGCGUAGGAUCGUGUUGUCAAGCAGUAAUUGACAUGCGUGGGUCUAACUACAUGUAAUUUAAAGUAGGUGUGGUGACAUAGAUUUCCUGGUCUCAAGUAUCAUGGUUGCUUAAUAAUAUUGGUAAGCUUCCAUCUUUGGCACAUGAAUGAUUGGUAAAAUAUAUGUAGAAAUGUGUUGGCUCUUCUGUAUCUUCAUGGCUGCUUCUGUAUCUUCAUGGCUGCUUCUUAUAUUUCCCCCCUCUAUUGUGUCAUUGAGCUGUGAAGUUGGCAAAUGUAUGUUGGUGACAUUUCUUUUUAAUUGCACGUAGUUUGUUUACACAGAGAAAUAUUUGGCUCUUGACUGUUUGCUUUUCUCUAUGUGGCAGGCGGAUAUGCUGAGGUCAUUAGCCAACACAAAGCCCACUGUGAAUGAACAUGACCUGGAAAAACUAAAGAAGUUCACAGAAGAUUUUGGACAGGAAGGCUAAUCCAAAGACCAUUGAGACCCUAAAUUUCUUUAUUUGGAAUUCUUGCCUCUUUAUUGCCAAUAAAUGAAUUGCGCCUUCCUUCCUUUCCAUAUGAACUGAUGAGCCAUUUGCAAGGACCCUUGAGCUUUUAUAUUAUCACUUUCCAGAAAUAUCUAUUAAAUGUCUUCUUCUGAGAGCAUGAUACUGGGAUCUUGUGGCGAAGAAGAAGGAAAACGUGGUGAAAACACUUUAACAUGUAACAGCCCCUUUAGCUAUUGCAGUUUUUUAAGUUUGGAUUUCAGGUAAUUUAUACUAGUCCUAGUUUAUCAAUAUUAUAAAACUCCUAUAGACCAAAAACUGGGAUGGGGUAUUUGUGACAUUCCAAAUGUUAUAGAACUCUCAGCUUUCAUCAGACCUGGCCAAUAUUGGCAACGGUCAGGAAUGAUUGAAGUUGUGGUUCAACUAUAUCUGAGGGUUACAGGUUCCCCACCCCAGCCUAAAAAACAAAACAAGUUGGGCAGAAGACACAUUGAUUGCCUGGUGUUUUCAGUGUCAGUCAAUUUUGUCUGCAAAGAAAUUCUCCAUUUGGAAUUAUGCAGCAUUUGGUAAUAUAUGUAGUUACAUGGGAGUUGAUUAUAAAGAAUGGCGAAAGAAAUUGGGGUUGGGAAGUGAGAAAGAAGAACUUGCAUUUUUUAAAAGGCCAGUACUUAACCGAGUGUAAUGUUGAACUGGUACUUUGUAUUUUCUUUUCUGCUUUGUGGUAUUCAGACAUUGCCUUAAAAGCAGCAAGCAUUGUUUUUAACACCAAUAGACACCUGUCACUGUGCAACCUACCAGAAAAUAGCUUAAAAAAUAAAUAAACAUUUUGGAGGAACAUUCCCUCCCCCCUCCUGUUUUCAUGGAACAUUUCUGUUGGGUAAGAAUCCAUGGACAACCCUGCAGACCAAAUUUUAGCAAGCCAUUCAUUGAGGGAAGGAUAAUUCUGGACUCAUUUGCAAAGAAACUUUGGGACCAAGUAGGGAACGGCGUAGCGAACCUCUCUGAGGUGCCAAGGGAAGUUGGUCUUGUUCAGAGUCUACCUACAAAUGUCUAGCUUAUUAGUUCAAUAACUAAAUAUAUUGGGAAUGGGUUGACAUUUCUUUAAACACAGUAUAGGGGUAGUGCAUAUGGGUUCCCCGCCUCCCAAGGCCUUUGCUAAGAAUUAUUCAUCUUAGAGAAGUGCCUGAAUGUAACUUACAACACUGCGGUCACAGCACUGAGGUGUGCCUUGCAAGUUUGCCCCUGUUGUAGACAAGUGAUAAUCAAUAAUGUAACACAUUGCAUUAUUGUUAAUAGAAUUGUACCUUGUAGAUGCUUUGUGCUUUACAAGAUUUCUGAGUUUAUUAAGUACUGUAUGGUUACUCUCAUGAUAUUUGGUUUUGUUUUUCUGUACAUAUUCUGUGUACUUUCUGAAAUCAUAGGACUGGUGGAAAUUUGCUUAUGAAUGAAGUAAAAAGUUGCAAUACAACACUAGCUUAUGUUUCUUUAGUUUUUUUCCCUUUUGGGCAGCUUUAUAUGUUAAAAUAUUUGUUGCAUUAAUUUUUGCAUAUGCUCAGAAAUACAAUUCAAAUGAUAUUCUGAAAUCUACUCAAAGACAUUUUUGAGAACACAUCUUUGAAACUGCACUUUACUUUUUAUAGUUCUAUAUUGCAGUGCUUCAUUUUUCAUUUAUUGACAAACAUUUUUCAGAGCACUGAACUCUUUACUGUCAUAUGCAUUGUGUAGACCCAGCAUUUUCCAUACCUACUUUCUUACCGCUUGCUUCUACUGCCUGCUGCAUUAUAUCUGCUUUCAAAAUCAAGUGGAUUUGAGACUUGGUUUUGACAUGUUGAGCUUCACCUUGUGUUCAUGUUAUGAUGUGUGCACUCUUAGAACAUUUGGCACUUAUAUCAUGGAGACCGUAGGUCAUCAGUCAAAGCUCUUCUGUAAUGGUUUAAAAUCCAAAAUAAAAUAAUGUUCAUGUUCUG